AUGACCCAAUCAAACACUAACUCAGGCACGGACAAGGUACCCAACGUAUCUCUAAUACCGUCUAGCGCCAAACCAGUAUAUACCCGUAUCCCCAUACCAGGCCAUCUAAGCAAUGAUCAAUCAACCCCCAUUGAGGAUAUAAAGAUUAUCGAUAAGCAAAGUAUAGACUACAUAAUAAGGUCAGGUCUAGCAGGUGGGUUGGCUGGAUCGUGUGCCAAAACCUUAGUGGCACCCUUGGACAGAAUAAAGAUUUUGUUCCAAACAUCAAACCCCGAAUUCUUAAAGUAUAGAGGAACAUUUGGGGGGUUCAUUGAUGCCGGGAAACGUAUAUGGAAAACCGAUGGGGUAAUGGGGUUGUACCAAGGGAACUCGGUGACUUUAUUGCGAAUUUUCCCCUAUGCAGCAAUAAAGUUUGUUGCCUAUGAACAGAUUCGUACGUUUUUGAUCCCCAACGACAGCUACGAAACCGCCGCUAGAAGAUUUAUGGCUGGGUCGUUGUCUGGACUAGCAUCAGUGUUUUUCACCUAUCCACUAGAUUUAGUUAGAGUAAGAUUAGCAUUUGAAACUAGAAACUUAUCUCAUGCACAAAUCCAUCACCACCACAAAGAGUUUAUGGCCCAUCGUCGAGGAAGAAUAUUUUCCACUGUCAUGCUAAUCUAUAACGAAAACCCGCCAAUAAAAACCACCGACCCAUCGUGGUUAAAGUUUAUGAGGAAAUUUUCGCCAUCACCCAUUCAGCAUUUGGCCAAUUUCUACCGUGGGUUUGCCCCGACAAUAUUGGGUAUGAUUCCCUAUGCUGGUGUCUCAUUCUAUACUCACGAUUUAUUACACGAUAUCUUACGCUCCAAAUGGCUCGCAAAGUACACCGUCCAAUCAGUAAACCACCAAAACGUUGUCGUAAAGAAAAAGGGGAAGUCAUCUAGAGAAUCACGUGCACCCCUAAAAGCAUAUGCACAAUUAUUUGCUGGUGGGUUGGCUGGGUUGUGUUCCCAGACCGCGGCGUACCCCUUUGAGGUUAUCCGAAGAAGAAUGCAAGUUGGAGGCGCCAUCAACCAGGGCCAGUUUUUGUCAUUCAAAAAUACUGCAAAAUUGAUCUAUCGUGAAAACGGGCUUAGAGGGUUUUUCGUUGGGUUGAGUAUUGGGUAUAUGAAAGUAGUACCCAUGGUUGCAUGCUCUUUCUUUGUUUACGAGAGAAUGAAAAAGUUUUUAGGUAUAUAG